AUGGCAAUUAUCAUUGCCGCAUGCACCCUCAUCAUCAUCUUAGCCAGCAUCUGGAUUGUGAAACAACGAUACCAGGCCACAAGACGGUUGCCGUUAUCCCCUGGACCACCUGGACGUUGGCUAUUAGGAAAUGCAAUGCCAAAGUCAUAUGUGCCGUUUCAAUUUGUGAAAUGGAUAGAACAAUACGGACCUGUGUUCUCGCUCAAACAAGGCCAUAGGAUUUUCGUAGUUAUAGGACGCCAUCAGGCUGCGGUGGAUAUCAUGGAAAAACAGGGAGCAAAUGUUGCCGACCACCCACAUUCUAUUUCAGUGCAAGAGACGUUGUCUGGUGGGUUGAGAAUGCACCUUGAGGACAGUAAUGAGAGAUGGCGCCGGAUGCGCAGACCUAUGUAUGAGCCCAUGCAGACCAGGCAUGCAAAGAAUCUGGUUCUAGAUAUCUUAAAUGAUCCAAAGAACCACCAGAGACAUGCCAUGCGUUAUUCAGCUUCCGUGAUCAUGCCCUUUGCCUAUGGAAAAAUCACUCCGACUUCAUAUACAGAUCCUGAAGUCGUUUCCAUCAACAUGUUUUCUGCGUGUUUUGGUCAAGCUAUGAAGCCGGGAGCAUAUCUUGUGGAUGCGUAUCCCAUCUUGCGUUUCGUCCCAGGCUACCGGAGUCAGCUGAAUGCAUGGCACAAAGAAGAACUUACUUUCUAUGACGGGCUGUUAGAUGCAGUGCGAAGACAGAUGCGUGAGGGGACUGCAAGGCCAUCCUUUGCGAGGUUCAUAUUAGAGCACCAGAAACAGUAUCAGCUCGAAGAUAAGGGACUGGGAUACCUUGCAGGUGUGAUAUUUGGGGCCAGUUCUGAUAUGACUGUGUCUGCAAUCACAAUUAUGAUGAUGGCUGCUGCCACUCAUAUGGAUGUGCAGGCUCACGUACAAGAGGAACUCAAUAAUGUCGUGGGGCGUACACAGCUGCCAACAUUUGAUGAUCAGGAAAUGCUGCUGCAGGUUACCGUGUUUAUGCUCGAGAGUCUCAGGUGGAGACCUGUCUGUAUUGGAGGCUUUGCACAUCGCGCGAGUAAGGACAUCAUUUGGAACAAAUACCUCAUUCCAGCAGUUGCAACUGUUAUUGGGAACCAUUGGGCCAUCGCAAACCACCCUGAAGUCUUUCCAGAACCACAGACAUUUAAUCCUCAGCGUUGGAUUGAUGAUGCAGGUCAUGUGCGCGAUGAUCUCCGAGUGUGUCCCAGUCAACAUCUCGCGAAUUGGUCGGUCUUCGUCAACACGGCUCUUAUUCUGUGGGCUUUCCGCCUUUUGGAGAAUCCUGCAUCAAAGAUCGACACACUUGCAUUCUUGGACACUGCAAACAAGACUCCGACAUGGUAG